UGUGUUCGAUCGUCUGUGCAGACGAUUUUGUCACCUGUUCCAGGAAAGUUGUGUGUGUUUCAAGCAGAAGGGAUCCGACUGCAGUCUUUGGCUCCCCUAAUUGCACUUCUAGGCUACCCAGCCAUGGGAGGGGUAUAGACCUGGGAAAGGGUGGCUGCAGGGAUGAAGGAGGCUUCCACCUGGCCCUGCGGAGGGUUGAGGGGCUGCCCAGCUGACCUGCCUUCGCUUCUGUCUCCGCCACAGACCUUGUCCUCCAGCGCCAUGGCUUCCGACCUGGAAAGCAGCCUCACCUCCAUCGACUGGCUCCCCCAGCUCACUCUUCGGGCCACCAUUGAGAAAUUGGGGGGGGCUUCUCAGUCGGGCACCCCGGGAGCUGGCCGGAAGUGUCCGCCCGGCUCCCCCACCGACCCCAAUGCCACGCUGAGCAAGGAUGAGGCCGCCGUGCACCAGGACGGGAAGCCUCGCUACAGCUACGCCACCCUCAUCACCUACGCCAUCAACUCCUCGCCCGCCAAGAAGAUGACCCUCAGUGAAAUCUACCGCUGGAUUUGCGACAACUUCCCCUAUUACAAGAACGCGGGCAUCGGCUGGAAGGAAGGCCGUUUGCCGCCCCUCCCCCCCCCAAUGUGCCUGCUGAGCGUUUUCCUCCUCAUUUGCCCUUCAGAUUUCUCCUCCCUCCUGGGGGAGAUGCAGCCCUCCAACCACAGCUACUACAUGUACCAGCAGCCACAGGGGCCCCCCUCCGUCGGAGCUGCGCAGCCCCUCCACACUCCAACCUCGGAGAGCUGCCAGUCCCAGGGCAGCAAGCAGCAGGCGGGGGACGGCUACGGCCCCCCUCCCGUGAUGUCUCUGCACCCUUCUGCCAUGCAGCACGGAGGGUACCACCAGCACCAUCAUCCCCACGCCCACCCGCAGCAGCAGCAGUCUCAGGCCUCCCUCAAUAACGCCAGCUUUGCUUUCCCCCCCGACUGGUGCUCCAACAUCGACUCUCUGAAGGAGAGCUUCAAGGUGGUCAACCGGCUCAACUGGUCCAGCAUUGAACACUCCCAGUUCUCAGAGUUAAUGGAGAGCCUCCGCCAGGCCGAACGAAAGAACUGGUCCUUAGACCAGCACCACAUUGCCAACCUCUGCGACUCCCUGAACCACUUCCUCACCCAGACCGGGCAGCUCCCUCACGUGGGGGGGCCCCCACAGCCCCCCCGCAUCUCCGAGUCCUGUGCCCUGAACAGCAACAAGCAGGAGCAGCCCAUGGGCCAAGUGUAUGGUCAGCCGGCACCUCCCCACCUGUAUUCGGGACCCUCUCCGAUGUACCCGAUUCCCACCCAGGAUUCGCCAGGGUACAACCGCCCAGGUCACCGCUUGGUUUCGCGGCCCCCUCCAGGAGCCCCCGAGGAGAUCCCGGAUGAUUUCAAUUGGGAUUUGAUC